CACGCGACCGCGGAAUCAAAGUUUCAUCCGCCAUUUUGAAUCCAACACGAACUUGUACAAAACUAUUGGUGCCCUUAGCGAUCGAAUAAAGUCUGAGCCAAGGAAUUGAUGCUAUGGCUUCGGAGGGUUUGGAGUAUAACGAAGUGUCACUGCUGGUUCGCGGUGCUUUGAAUUCAGGCAGACUAAAGCUACAUAAAAGUGGAGCUGUGUUCAAGGCCAGUAAGACUGGUCGUGUUGACCAGUUCAGUAAAGACGACAUUGAGUCAGCUCACUGGUUGAGAGUAGCAUGCGGGCAGGAGCUAAAGAUUGUCUUGAAGAGUGGACUUCAGUUUAGAUUUGAUGGUUUCAAAGAGAGUGAUUUUGCUAAUUUAUCAGAGUUUCUAAAAUCAUUUUUUGGAGUCAAGUUAGAGGAGAUGGAACUAUCAGUCAAGGGUUGGAACUGGGGUACUGCCACUUUCAAUGGCUCAGCACUUGCGUUUGAAGUGGAUAAAAAGCCAGCGUUUGAAAUCCCACUGAAAGAUGUAUCUCAAGCUACAACAGCAGGUAACAAUGAAGUGACGUUAGAGUUCCAUCAGCAUGAUGAUGCAGAGGUGGCGCUCAUGGAGAUGAGGUUUUAUAUCCCUACUCCGGCCGACAGCACCGACCCUAACCCCGUCACGACCUUCCAUGAACAUGUCCUUUCAAAGGCAGAUAUUAUACAGAUCACUGGGGACGCAAUUGUUACAAUACCUGAUGUCGCCUGUCUCACACCAAGAGGUCGCUACACAAUGAAAAUAUUUCCGACAUUUGUACAGCUUCAUGGAAAAACAUAUGACUACAAAAUUCCCUAUACUACAAUACUACGGAUAUUCUUGCUGCCUCACAAGGAUCACAUGUUCUUUGUGGUCAGUAUGGACCCUCCCAUCAAACAAGGACAGACUCGGUACCCAUUCCUUAUCACACGCUUUGACAAAGAUGAGCAUUUCGAUGUGAAACUCAACAUCUCAGAAGAGGAGAUGAAGGAGAAAUAUGAUGGGAAGAUUGAGAAGGAGAUGAGUGGAGCUAUUUAUGAGAUCAUCAGUAGACUGAUGAAGGCUGUUGUUGGCAAGAAAAUCACUGUGCCUGGUACAUUCAAAAGUCACCAGGGCGUCAGCUGUAUCACAUGUUCUCACCGGGCUGGCAGUGGACUGCUAUAUCCUCUGGAGAGGGGUUUUAUCUUCAUCCACAAGCCUCCAGUCCACGUCAGAUUUGAUGAGAUUUCUGCUGUCAACUUUGCCCGUGUGGCAGGUGCUGGAGGUCACAGUCGUUCCUUUGACUUUGAGCUGCAGACAAAGAAUGGGACUACUAUUGUGUUCAGUAGUAUUGAAAGGGAAGAAUAUGGGAGACUAUUUGACUUUGUACGAGACAAGAAGCUACGUAUCAAGAACACUGGAAAGGCAACAACAAAGAGUACUAAGGAAAAAAAUAUUGAUGAUGAUUUGAUGGGAUCAGAUGAUGAUGAGCAUGAUGCUUACCUAGAGACCGUCAAAGCAGAGGCUGCAGCAAGGGAUGAAGACGAUGAUGAGUCCGAAGAUGAAGAUUCAGAUGAUGAGUCGUUUGCGCCUGAGGGCAGUGGUGAUGACCAAGACGUCAGGGAAGAGUUCGAAAGUGAACCCUCUUCUUCUGAAGCGUCGGGAUCAGAUUCAGAGGGAGAGAGUAAAAAGAAGAAAAAGGAGAAACCAGAAAAGAAGCGAAAAGCAGAAAAACCACCAAAGUCCCCAAAGAAAAAGGCAAAAACCGCGAGCUUCGUUGAGACAGGCGAAAAAGGCAAGAAGGGUGGAAAGAAGAAGAAAGAUCCUAACGCGCCCAAGAGAGCUAUGAGUGCCUACAUGCUUUGGCUGAAUGAUACUCGUCAGGAGAUCAAGGACAAGAACCCGGGAAUAUCCGUGACAGAGGUGUCUAAAGUGGCGGGCGAGAUGUGGAAGAAUCUUACAGAUAAAUCGAAAUGGGAAGAAAAGGCAGCGAUCGAAAAACAGAAAUAUGUACAGAGGAUGAAAGAGUACAACGAAAACAAGAAAAAUGACGAGGAAGAGAGCAGUCCCAAGAAGAAAUCUCCAUCGAAAAAAGCUUCCAAGGCUCCCAAAGAAGAGAAGAGCCCAUCUCCCCGAAAAAGCCUGGACAACAACCAGAAGUUCAAAAGCGCUGAGUUUGUUGAAUCCAGCGGAGAUUCGUCAGAUUCCGAGGCCGAAAAGAAGAAGGGGAAAGGCAAAAAGUCAGCGAGUAAAAGCAAGAAAAAGAAGGAAGAGUCUUCAGAAGACGAGUCUAUGGAGGAGGAGUCAGAAGAAGAGAUGAGUGAGGGUGCGUCCGAUUCAGACUGAUGCUGGUUAACCAGACGGGCCAGGACGAACAAGCAUCUCGAUCUGUUUGAGUCAUUGAACAUUGCUUAAUCGUAGAUCCUAAACUCAGCUUUAUAAAUAUUGUCAAAGUGCUUCUAAGAUAUUUGCUUGUGAAUAAACCAAUUUUAUUGUGAA